AUGUGAACUGCUGUGAUAAACCUUGUUUGUGUGGCACUGAUCAGUCUGUGGUGUCAUUUCUCCAUAUCAAGAGCGGGUAGCUUUUACCCGAAAACCCUGCCGUGCGAUGUUAGCACGGACAACAGGAGCAGAGCCGUCAAGGUGGACUGCACCGAGAGAGGCCUCAAAGGUGUCCCGAGCGGUAUUCCGAGUGAUGCUACCAAUCUGACACUCACCAUCAACCACAUUCCUGAGUUAAACUCCAGUUCCUUUCGGGGUCUGGGUAAUCUUACCGAGAUUGACAUGCGGUGUAACUGUGUGCCCAUAAAAAUUGGCCCCAAGGAUAAUAUAUGCACCAAGAGUGUGACGAUUAAAGAAAACACCUUCACAAGCCUGAGAAAGCUUCGAUCACUAUAUCUGGAUGGCAACCAGCUGCACAGCAUCCCCACAGGCCUGCCUCCAAAUCUGAUCCUGUUGAGCCUGGAAGUGAAUCAUAUCUAUUAUAUUUCGAAGGACAACCUCUCCAACAUCAGGAGCGUAGAGAUCCUUUACCUCGGGCAAAACUGCUACUAUCGUAACCCGUGUAACGUCUCUUAUGAAAUAGAAGAGGGGGCAUUUUCACAGCUUACGAAUAUGUCACUGUUAUCUGUCAAGUCAAAUAACCUGUCCUACAUCCCACACCAACUGCCCACCAACCUGAAAGAGUUGUACCUCUAUAACAACAAGAUCGAAGAAGUCACCGACGAGGAUUUUCAAAAUUUAACCAAUUUAGAGAUCCUAGAUGUCAGCGGAAAUUGCCCACGUUGUUACAAUGCCCCAUUUCCAUGUGUCCCGUGCCCACACAACUCUCAGCUAAAGAUCCACAAAGGAGCUUUUAAAACUUUGACCAAACUUCAAAUCUUGCGUCUGCACAGUAACUCCCUGUCGCACGUGCUCUCUGAAUGGUUUGAAAACUCAAAGGGGCUGAGGGUCCUGGAUCUCUCCACAAACUUUUUAGCGAGCGAGAUUGCAUCCACUUACUUCCCAAUAGCUCUCCCCAGUCUAGAAGAGCUGGACCUCUCAUUCAAUUAUGAGCUUCAGAGGUACCCAGCCAUGCUCAAACUAAGUCCGAGUUUCUCCCGCCUCAAAUCCCUGAAAGUGCUCCGACUCAGAGGCUUCGUUUUCCAGAAGCUGACAUCGCAGAGCAUCCAUCCCCUCAUUGCCCUACCGAACCUCGAGGUCGUAGACCUGGGAACCAACUUCAUAAAAAUGACCAACCUCAGCAUCCUAAUGCAGCUGAAAAGCUUCAAAAUCAUCAAUCUGUCCGACAACAAAAUAUCCUCCCCUUCUGAAGGGCAAGAAUAUGUUGGAUUCUCCGGAACGAAGGCCUACGAUGGCUCACCCAUGUCUGAUGCUGUUCACUAUCAAAGCACAGGUAGUGAGGUGAGAGAGAUUCAUUAUUUUAGAUAUGAUGAAUAUGCACGCAGCUGCAAAUACAAAGACAAGGAACUUGGAGUUGUUACAUCCUUUAUCAAUAAGCAGUGCAGUCAGUUUGGGAAAACUCUGGAUCUAAGCAGGAAUAACAUAUUCUUCAUCCCUUCAAAAUUUUUAAAUCUGGGUGAGCUGAGAUGCCUCAAUCUAUCAGGAAAUGCAAUGAGCCAAAGUCUGAAUGGCUCUGAAUUUACUCAUCUAACUAAUUUACAGUAUCUGGACUUCUCGCAGAAUCGUCUGGACCUGCUUUAUUCUUCCGCAUUUCAGGAACUGAAAAAUCUUGUCAUUUUGGACAUAAGUACCAACAACUACUAUUUUGAAUCUGAGGGUUUGACUCACAUGCUCAACUUCACCAGAAAUCUACCAAAUCUAAAGAUUUUAUUAAUGAACCACAAUAAGAUCUCUACUUCCACUAACACAGAGCUGGAGAGUCUCUCUCUGGAGAGACUGGAGUUCAGAGAUAACCGUUUAGAUAUGCUGUGGAGAGAUGGUGAUAAGAGAUACAUCAAUUAUUUCAAAAAUCUGGUUAAUCUGAGUGUUCUUGAUAUCUCUCAUAAUAAUCUCCAUUUCAUCCCCAAGGACGUUUUCAGCAGCCUGCCAGGCAAACUGGCUGAGCUCUACCUCAAAAACAACAAACUUAAGUUUUUUGCUUGGGGGGAGUUAGCAUAUCUGCAUUCUUUGGAGGUCCUAGAUCUCAGCGGUAAUGGUCUCACUGCUGUUCCCCGUAUGCUUUCCAACUGCAGCAAAUCUCUCAAGAAGUUCAUCUUGCAUAAAAACCGCAUUGUGAAGCUUUCCCUAGAUUUCCUCAAAGACGCCUACAGCCUAAAACAUCUGGAUCUCAGUUUUAACAGCAUUCGGUACAUUGAAAAAUCUAGUAUUCCAGAUGACAUCACCGAUAAGAUGGACAUGCUGCUCCUGAACAACAAUCGAUUCCAGUGCACAUGCAAUGCCACUUGGUUCAUCAUGUGGCUCAACAGCACCAAGGUCACCAUCCCCAAACUGGCCACAGACGUGACUUGCGCUGCCCCUGGGGCACACAGAGGUCAUUCUGUCGUAUCAGUGGACGUGCUGGCCUGCCAGUAUAACUAUCUGUCAAUCAUACUCUUUAUCCUAAUCACUUCCCUCAUUCUCAGUUUCCUCACCCUGUCCAUCUCCAGCCAUCUCUUUCUCUGGGAUGUGUGGUACAUCUACCACUUCUGCCGGGCCAAGCUGAAGGGCUACAGCCGCCUGUCAUCCCAGAGUGCCGUCUACGACGCCUUUGUGGUAUACGACAAAAAGGACCCCGCGGUGUCGGAGUGGGUGACGAAGGAGCUGUGCAUUCACCUGGAGGAGAGAGGAGAUCACCAUCUGACGCUGUGUUUGGAGGAACGAGACUGGAUCCCGGGAUGUCCCCUGAUCGACAACCUCUGCCAGAGCAUCCACCAGAGCAAGAGGACCGUGUUCAUCUUAACCAACAGCUACAUAAAGAGCGGCAACUUCAAGAUGGCCUUCUACAUGGCUCACCAGAGGCUGAUGGAUGAAAAGAAUGACGUCAUAGUUUUGAUCUUCUUGGAGAAGGCGUCCUCCCACUCAAAGUACCUGAAUCUACGGAAGAGGCUGUACAAGCGGUCGGUUCUGGAGUGGCCGACAAACCCUCAAGCCCAGCGGUACUUUUGGUUCAGCCUGAGAAGUGUGUUGGCCACUGAAGGUCACAAACAAUACAGUAAUCUUUUCAAGGAAACACUGUGA